AUGGUAUAUACAAGGGUUGGUGUUUGGAUACCUCAGUGCCCCCCAAAGAACUGGGAGGCUAGGUCGUGGUCUGGAGAUGGUAGACGGCCAUCAGGAGCACUCCACUGCAACUGGGUUGCCUCACUCGAUCGAGCUUGCGGCUCCUCCUCUCUUCUUCUUCAUCUUCAAAGUGGUGUGGCUCCUUGGCCUUGGUGGAGCUGGCUAGCUCGAAGCUGUUGUAGGGGUCCAUGGUCUGGGAGAAGUCCUGGUACUGUUGGAUCGUACUCGAAUCCGGAUCUCAAACAGGGGCUCCUCCAGGUCAACUCGACCCUCAGCUCGAUCGAGUUGAGUUUCCUCUGUUUGGACUCGAUCGAGUCCGGUGGUCGAGCUGGAGCGUCUGGCCUUGGAAGUCUUCCUCCUUCUCUGCGUGUUGUCUUCUCCUUCCCUUGGCUCGAAAGAAGAGGCUCUGUGAGGCUCUUGGGCAGGGAGCCUCCUUGGAGUGGCUCACCCAAAUCCGCACUCUCCUGGCCUGAUCUUCAGCUCGAUCCUCAGCUCGAUCCUCAGCUCGACUCAGCUCGAUCGAGCUCAGGCUCCUCUUCUCGCAAAUCAUCCUCAUGCCCAACUAAUGUGUACACAGGGGGUCUGAAGUCAAUGUUCUCACCCCUUACUACUGUGGUGAGCUCUGGGUUGGGCAGGAGAAGCUUGGAGGGUCCAGCCAAUGGAUGUGUGAACUUGAAUUGGAACCUCCCAUCCAACUCCUUGUGCUCAAUGAGAAGGUUGGUCUUGCAAAACUUGAUGUCCAUCCAACCUGGUUCAGUGGCUCUCUAUCAGUUGGGUUCACUCCAGCAGCACACAAGAUAG